ACAUUGACAAGCUUGCCUGUGUUGGUCUAAUACGUUAGCUCAAGAGGCAGACAUAAACUAUGCCACUAAACACUUUUGUCUCAAAACAUAUUGCAAAGAGAAAUUAUUUAGCUGCUUCUUUCUUUUUAUAACACAUUAUGUGUGCUUGCGAAAGACGGAAAAUGUCCCUUAGUAGUAAUAAUUAAGCAUAAUUCUAUAUCUGUAAUAAUAGUAAAAUUGCAAGGACUCUCCUGGGACUCUUUGACCCCCAACUCAUAAAUACUAAGGACUCCAGUCCAGGGAAAGCUGAACGGGCAGGCAGGCUUGUUUCAAGCAGAACCUGAAACCCUCUAGGAGUUAAUAGAUCGAGACUAGUAGCUGAUUUCAAUGAGUAACUUUAAUAAGUAAAUUCCAAUGAAAAAAGGCUUAAUCAGAUUUUUUUUCCUCUGAGUAGCUCAAUAAAAUAUGCUCUCUGGAACAAGAUCUGACUCACAUUGCAGGUUUAACAAGGGCUAAUUUAAAUAGGUCCUUUUUUCAGUUUUGGUGUUAAAGAGAAAAUUAAAUAAAUACCAAACUUUAGAGAAUGUCUUUCAAAAUUCUGGAACCACGAAUAAACAAACUCCCAUUUUGACAGAUGGUGUCUGGCUUAUAACCAAAUGACAAGACAAUCAGAAGUAUGGAAAAUUGAGAUGCAUUACUUAGAAUGGGACCUCACCAAGCUGUGUGAUGAACUCCACCCAUUUACUAUAGAAAGAGUAAGAAAAAAAGUCUCAGCUCCUACAUUCAUUGUACUUAAUCAACUUGCCUAAAAGUUCUUGUAACAACUUGCUUUUGUAGAGAUACUUGCAGGUACACAAAAAACUUACGUUCUUCUCCAGCCUUUCUGUUAAAGCCAUCCAGUAGAUGGGGCCAUGGAGUUAUACAAAAUGCAGAAGAAAGUAAAAUGAGCUUAUCCUAGGAAGAACUCUCAUAAUCAGUGCAAAUAGAGCUUUGUUAAUUCAUGAAAUUCUAACGUCAGGCAAAUAAUUUAUUUGGUUAUAUCAUGUUCUGACUGUAUAACUGAUUAAGCUGCACUCAAAUGUUAGUUAAUAUGACUCCACAUUUGUUUGAUACUGAAAUAAUUACAACUCUCAGUCAACAAAAAUUACAGCUGAGGUUUUAAUUUUCAUUCAUGCCACAUUCACUCCCAUGUAUUGUACAGGUCUGAUAUACAGUCAGACUUGAGAUGAAGUGACACAAUGGAAAGCAUUGACAGUAAUUGUAGCAAGAAAGUCCCACAUGUGGAAACGCGUAUGUGGUAAGAGGAACGUGUUAGUGGGUCCUGCAUAAUACAAAGGAUGACUUUAUAAUUGUAACUUACACGCGCUGUUGGUGGUUGGUUUGUUUGUUUUUUCCCUGCUUCUUCCUGUUAAAUCUGGAAACAGAAAAGGACAUAUGGAUUUGAGAAAACAUGUAUGAAUGCUGCAGGAGCAGGGGUCAGUUCCAACGAUUUCAUGGCAGUGGACGCUGAAGUCUGAAAUGUGCCUGAACACAGUGUGCUGUAUGGUGUAGCCGAAGUUGCCACCCUGACUGUGUUUGCAGUUCUCUUUUAAAAUGAAUGAAUUUUAAUCUAUUUAACCAGCAAAUUGCAUCAGGUAUGAGUUUAAAAGUGCACAUUCUAUUUUGCUGCAUUUGAAAACCUGAUUUUCUGUGUCUUGUACCCGAAGAUCUUAACACCUGUAUAAAGUUGAUCCUUUAAGUCAGUUCUGCUAUAAAAAGUUGUUCAAAACACUUGUAAAGACAAAAUUAUCAUCAGUCUUCUGUGCCACUGAACAGGUCUGUGGGUGAGUGCUGCGAGGCUGGUGUGAUUUCCCUUUCUGCUCGAGUUAACAUCAGUUUCCAAGCCACAGGUGCCAGCAGGAGUCCCUGGGUCCUGGGUGUUCCGGAUCUUUGUCAUACAACAUGCCCAGUUUCUCCUGGGUUCAGCUAUCAAGUCCCAUUCAGGGUCCCCAUCUCCGCCUGAACACCGCCCGAGGAGCCGGGCGAGUAGGGCGUGGCUCCAUCAUCCCGUCCGUGCGGCCCCGGGUCAGCAGCGGCCUCGCGGCGCGGUGCGGGGCAGAGCCGGUGCGGUCUCGCAGUGCCGCGGGGCAGAGCCGGUGCGGUGCUGCCCGCCCGGCCCGCACGUGAUCACCAACGAGGAGCCGCGACGGCACCUGGAGGCGGCUCCGCCCCGGUCCCAGGAAGGGAGCGGCCGGAUCCGGCGGGAGGGGACGGGACGGGACGGGGCUGCCGCCCCUCAGAGGCCCCGCGACUCCGCCGGCGGCGGCCAUGGCUUUCGGGAAGGCUCCGAAAGACCCUUUCGGCACCGCCGUGGGCAGCCUGGUCGACCGGGCGACGCUUGGAUCGCUGCAGACGGAGGACUGGGGACAGUUCAUGCACAUCUGCGACGUGAUCAACGCGACAGAGGAGGGGCCUAAAGAUGCAGUUAAAGCGCUAAAGAAAAAGCUUUCAAAAAACUGUAACCAUAAGGAGAUCAGGCUUACCCUGUCUCUGCUUGACAUGUGUAUAGAGAACUGUGGCCCGAGAUUCCAGUCUUUGGUUGUGAAGAAAGAUUUCUGUAAGGACAAGCUGGUGAAACUACUGAAUCCAAGAUAUAAUCUGCCAAUUGAUAUGCAGGAGAAAAUCUUGUCCUUUAUCAUGACAUGGGCCCGAGGUUUCCCAGGAGCUGUGGAUGUGAGCGAAGUAAAAGAAGUUUAUCUAGAAUUGCUGAAGAAAGGAGUGGAGUUUCCGUCUUCUGACACCAGCAGAGGGGAGCCUAAGACUUCAUCUCAGCCUUCUACAAAGUCAUCACCAUCUUCUGCUAAUCCUCCAAAACAGCUUUCGCCACCUCUUCCCACAGGCCCAACACUGUUGUUGACUCCUGAUCAGAUUGGGAAACUGUAUAGUGAACUGGAUAUGGCAAAAACGAAUGUGAGAGUCAUGUCAUCAAUACUGAAAGAAAAUGUCCCUGGCUCUGAAAAUCCGGAUGACAUGAAUCUUUUACAGAAACUGUAUAAGACCUGUCGGAUGAUGCAGGAGAGGAUCAUGGAUUUGUUGGUGACAGUGGAGAAUGAAGAUGUGAUAGUUGAGUUAAUACAAGUAAAUGAAGAUCUGAAUGAUGUCCUCCUGGGACAUGAGAGGUUCUCCCGAAACAGAGUUCGUUUUUUGGAGAAUCAGAGGAUACAACGUGAGCGCGCAGAGCUGUACAGGAAACAACCAUCUGCUCCCUCAAGUGAUCUACUUGACCUCUCCUUGGAUUUGCCAUCUGCUGUGUCUGCAGUGGUGCUAAUUGACUCUGCAGCGUCUCCUUCAGGCCGUAAUGGCAUAUCUGCACACCCUGAAGACAAAACCAAGCAUCAUCCAUCAAUUUAUCCACAGCUAGAUUUAGCUCAGCAAUUUCCAUUUACAACUGAAGCAGAAAAAAAUAGUCUAAGUGACCCAGCUGGACACACAUAUAGCAACUUGGCGACUGUCUUAAGCCCAGUGCCUCUGAAUCCAGGACAAACUACACCAUCAAAUGGACUGUCAGCAGCAGCUGCAUCCAAGAACAAGGCACAAUCACCUAAUUACUACGAGAUAAUGGAAUUUGAUCCUUUGGCUCCUACUGAAGUUAUUUAUGAAGAAAUUGAUGUUGUGCUGAAGGCAGAAGCUAAAAAGAGUACAGAAUGCUGAAGGUGAAGUCUUUUGCUGAAUGCAGGUUAUUCUCUGAUGCUGUCCCUGUGCAGUGCUUCGUGUAACAUAGAAGCAAAUAACAGAACAGGUUUUGUGUUUUGACAUAGUAUUCCAAUACUUGUUUAUUGAGCUGUGUGGAAGUUGAAGAGUUACUUAGUUCUACACCUUGAUAACUUGUCCUCAAUGUUCAACUGUGUAUUCUUCAAGGUGACUUGCAUGAUUUAUUUUUCAAGCAUUUUGGGGGCCUUUCAAAUGUGAUUUCCAAAUUCACCUGUGUAUCAGGUAACACUUGACAUCUGUCACAAACAAAAAGGAUGUUAUGUUUACAGAAUCUGUGAACCCAGUUUCUGUUUUGGCCUCAUUGCUGUCUGUGUUAAUCUCAUUAAAAGUUUAAAGGGGGCUUCAGUAUGUAGGAUUCUCGUGAUAGAUGUCUGAAGACAUGCAGUGUUACUCUCAGACAUUCAUAUUCUGAAUACAGAUUUGUUUUCUUCCUCCAAGGCCACAAUAUAGUUGGAUUUUUGUCUUCAUAAGAACCUGAGCUGGGACUUAAGGUGCUGUCAUCCAUGAUUAGCAGAACAGAAAAACCCUUCUUGUUCCAUUGUUGUUGUUACUCUUAUUUACUCAGUAAAUAUGGGAGGGCGAUCAAUAAUUUCUUUCAGUGUUCCUGCCCUGCAGAGGUGGUUCUGGUGAAGGAAAAAAUAGUCAUCUACAAUGCAGAUGAGCAGUGGUUAUCUGUUUAAUCAAACUGUGUAACCCUGUUAAUAACAAUUACCUUAAUAAUUAAAGUGCCUUAUCUAUUUUAAUGCUGAAUGUAACGUGCACUUUAACAGGUAUAGUUCUCUGAAUUUAUAAUAGAUAUAAAGUUUGAGAACUUAUUGAUGUUCAUAGCUGAUAAGCUGGGGGGGAUUGUGAAAUACUGUAUUUUACAUGUUCACUAUGUUAACUGUUUUAAGUGAUAAGUUCUCAGUUGGUUCUGCAACUUUGUAGCAUAACAUUCAAAUUAAAAGCAAAUGCUUACUGAGAAGUUAA